GACUGGAACACCUUUCAAAGCCUCACAGAAAACCAUUUCAAAAACAACUGUGUUUUAGGAGUAUUUUCCUUCGCUCGCAGCUUUGAGGAUGGAUUUGUCGGAGGCGCUUUGCUCCGGAAUGACGGAGUCUUCAGGUGACUAAAGGAAACCUAAGAACCUGAGGAUGACAGGCCAGGUGCCAGAGAGAGACCGGUCGCCCCACAACCUGUCAGUGAAGACAACCUUGGAGGAAGAGAUCGAGAGGUCUGAAAGUAAACUUAGCAGGGUGCCAUCGGUCUGCGAUGACACGUCAUCAGAGCUGCAACGAGUCGCCGCUCUCGACCCUGACGGACGCAGUUCGGAGAAUUCUUUCCAGAGGAAUGGGGCCAUUUCAAGACUGGUGAAACUGGUAGUGAGGCUGAGGGAAUGGGCACACAGGAGCCUGCUGGAGGAGGAGGAGCGGCCAGACUCCUUCCUGGAACGCUUUCGCGGCCCUGAGCUGAGAACAGCCCCCAGUCGCAACAGCAUCACCCAGCCAGAUGUCAAUGGCAACAAUGCCAAAGGGAUCUUGAGGAAGAGGUGGGAACUGUUYGUUGUCUCACCAUCUGAUGACGCCUACUACCGUUGGCUGUUUGUCAUUGCUAUUGCAGUCCUCUACAAUUGGUUACUUGUGAUUGCAAGGGCAUGCUUUGACAAACUGCAGGUGARCAUUUACAUCUGCUGGCUGGUGCUGGACUACAUCUCCGAUACUGUCUACAUACUGGACAGUUUUGUGCGUCUACGRACAGGUUUUCUGGAACAAGGCCUCCUGGUGAAGGACCACGCCAAGCUAAGAGACAGUUACAUCCGAACAUUACAGUUCAAGCUGGACGUGGUGUCCAUCCUGCCCACUGAUCUGGUGUACAUUUACACUGGCAUCCACACUCCUCAGCUCCGAUUCAAUCGCCUGCUGCGCUUCCCUCGCAUGUUUGAAUUCUUUGACCGGACAGAAACACGUACCAACUACCCCAACAUCUUCCGGAUCUGCAACUUGGUGCUCUACAUCMUGGUCAUCAUUCACUGGAAUGCCUGUAUCUACUACGCUAUAUCCAAGUCUUUGGGGUUUGGUUCAGACACGUGGGUCUUUCCAGACAUCUCCAAACCGGAGUACUCGUCCUUAACAAGAAGCUAUGUCUACUGUUUUUAYUGGUCAACCCUCACUCUUACCACCAUUGGAGAAAUGCCUGCGCCUGUGCGAGAUGAGGAGUACUUGUUUGUGGUCUUCGACUUCCUUGUUGGAGUGCUGAUCUUUGCAACAAUUGUGGGAAAUGUAGGCUCCAUGAUAGCCAACAUGAACGCCACCCGGGCCGAGUUUCAGGCUCGAAUCGACGCUAUCAAACACUACAUGCACUUCCGCAAGGUCAGCAGAGAGCUGGAGACGCGCGUCAUCAAGUGGUUCGACUACCUGUGGACCAACCAAAAAGCCGUAGACGAGCAGGAGGUGCUGAAGAACCUGCCCAACAAACUGCGCGCCGAGAUUGCCAUCAACGUACACCUUGAGACGCUCAAGAAAGURCGCAUUUUUCAAGACUGUGAGGCCGGACUGCUCGUGGAGCUUGUGCUCAAGCUACGUCCGCAGGUUUUUAGUCCAGGAGACUACAUCUGCAGGAAAGGAGACAUUGGUAAGGAGAUGUAUAUCAUUAAAGAGGGGAAGCUGGCAGUAGUAGCUGACGAUGGGGUCACGCAGUAUGCUCUCCUCACUGCUGGAAGCUGCUUUGGGGAGAUCAGCAUUUUGAACAUAAGGGGUAGUAAAAUGGGGAAUCGCCGYACAGCCAACAUCCGAAGCUUGGGAUACUCUGACCUCUUCUGCCUCUCCAAGGACGACCUAAUGGAGGCAGUGACCGAGUAUCCAGACGCUAAAACAGUGCUAGAGGACAGGGGUAGGGAGAUCCUUAAGAAGGAAGGGCUUCUUGACGAGAAUGCRGAGAAGGGCGGGCUACAGAAGGAGGACACAGAGGAGAAGGUGGAGAGACUGGAGACCUCUCUGGACACCCUACAGACUCGUUUUGCCCGUCURCUGACUGAGUAYACAGACACUCAGCAGCGGCUAAAGCAGCGAAUCACUCUGCUGGAGCGGCACCUGAACCAAACUGACUGCGGCGCAGAGGCAAACAAUGACACGGAUGCCAGCACACAAAUGGCAAGUGGAAGUGGCCCCGGUGGUUUUGGCGGUACAAAUGGGUCACCACAUCAAAACAAUGUUCAGACUCGGAACAGAAACAGGCAAACAUUACAGCACUGAUACUUUCAACAUCAGACUUCAGUCAUUYAUUCAUCCACUCACUGGAUGAAUCAUGGUGGAUGGAGCCUGUCUCCAGGGGUCAAUGGCUUGAAGGCGGAGUACRUCCUGGACAGAUCACCAGUCCAUCACAGGGCAGCACAGAGACACGUCGGGCAAAUAGCCGUGCAUGUACACACAGCAGGGUCAUUUAAAGUGGACAAUUAAGCUAAAAUGCAUGUUUCUGCUGUGCUGGAGGCAGACGGAACAUCUWCACACACCAUUGCCCUUUUACUGUUUUCUUGCAGUUUAUAAUUUAAAGAAAUAGCUGCAUUUCAAUCAACAUAAAAACAAAACACACAACACCAGAGCCCAGCUAACUUUGAGUGUUUGUACAAAUGAACGGCCAAGAGCUGAAUGCAUGYGCAAAGGCUGACUUCAAGUUUCAAGCCAGCUCAAGCUGAAUAAAUGUUACAAAGUAUAUAAACAACAAGUACAAGAUACUCUGGGAUUUCUUUAUAUCUUCCUUGAUCACCUGUGAGUAUCAUGUUUGUUUGCAUCAACAGAGACAUUCAGUUCCCUCUACAUGUCAUCUGUUAUGCUUUGGUACUCUUCAAAUGAACUCCUGCUGCUACUCCAGGGAACCAAAGGCCCAAGGAGAUACUGUGCAUGGUGAUUAGUUGUCACAAACAGUUUCCAGUGCCCCUCUUUCUAAGGUAGCUUUUUCACAUUUACAAUUACAAUCACAAAAUGCCCUUUUAAAGGAAAUUUACACCACAGACCAAUCUUUAACAGGGAUUAGGAGAUCGGUCCGAGUUGGGGCACUGGAUUUAAAUAUUUGUAAUAAAAAAUKUUAAUUUCUUGCAAAUUUACAAAAUGACUCUAUUGCAUAAAACCUCAAUAAAAUACAUUGACCUUUGGGAUUGUAACGCAUAAAAAAAGGUUUAAUACCUUUGCAAUGCACUGUAAAUCUGUAUAAAUGUUUUUGAAUGUUUCCUAAAUGUUACAUUUACAAAGUUUGUGCCAUGAAAACGUUUUGCUGAAAAAACAGACUUCCUUUAAAAAAAAGAAAAGAAGAAAAAGAUUAAUCUUCAGACACUCAAUAUUGAUUAUUUGCAAAAGCUUUGUGUUCUACCUUCGAACCCAACAAAAACGAGCGAGGUCCCGUACUGACUUCCACCCAUUUAUUUGAGGAAAGUUGCACUUUGAAGUAAAAGGCCGGGGAUUUUCCAGUUUUUCAGCCUUUGCAUUCCUGGACACACAUGAGCAGUGUUGAUAAGAGUAGCUGRAACAAUGCCUCACAGCAGCAGAGCUGGAGAGAGCUGGUAACAAUAAAGAGGCAGGAGCUGCCGAAUCCAUAUCCUGCCAGAAAGGCACUGAUAAUAUCAAGCAUCUUGAAUCAAUCUUCACUCAGCUACAGAAUGGUAAAAGAAGGGUUUCUAAAUUCUUAAAUAUGUGCAUCACGGGCAGCCAAUCAAUAGACAUUUAAGAUGAAGAACUAUGAUAAUGAUCAUAAUGUAGAGCAAUGUGAAAAUGAUUUUUUUGUUCAUUACUUGCUUUCCUUGUGUGUAUCUCCACAUGUUUUAUGAAUAAACUUUAAAAGGUUCUUGUUUUGCA